AUGGCUACCAACGUAUGGCUCAUCGCAGGAGCAAGCAGCGGCUUUGGCCGUGCUAUCGGCUUCGAAGCUCUGAAGCGAGGUGACAAAGUAGUCGCCACAUCGCGUAACCUAGCCAAGAUGGCAGACCUCAGGGAAGCCGGCGCCCUAGUCCUGGCUCUGGAUGUGACUUCUGAUGAUGCGUCUAUCCAAGCUGCGUUCCAGAAGGCCAUCGAUACCUACGGCAAUAUCACACACUGUAUCAAUGCGGCGGGAUAUGUGUUAGAGGGUUCUGCUGAAGAAGCAUCGACUCAGGAAGCAUUCAACCAGUUCAACACCAACAUCCUCGGUGUCAUGAACAUGACGCGCCACGCGCUCCACCACAUGCGCCCUCGCCGACAGGGAGUAAUCGCCAACUUCGGCAGUCGGUGCAGCUGGCAAGGCAUUCCCGGAUUAAGCUACUACUCCGCGACCAAGUUUGCCGUGACCGGGUUCACAGAGACGAUACAUCAGGAGGUCAGCCCGCUCGGGAUUUCAGCCGUCGUCAUCGAGCCCGGAUUCUUCCGGACGGGAAUUCUCCACGACGACGGCAACAGCCGCAUCCGGGCUGCGAGGCCCCUUACGGAGGAGUACAAGGACACGCCUGUGGAUGCGACGCGGAACCACUUCGAUAUUUUCGACGACCACCAGCCUGGCGAUGUUAUUAAGGGCGCCAAGGUCAUUGUUGACGUCUUGACGCAGACGGGAGUCGCAGAGGGCAAGAAGAUCCCUCUGAGACUUGUGCUUGGUCGCGAUGCAUUCGAAGCAAUCAAGGAUAAAAUCCACAGCACCGAGGCGUUGAUUAAUGAGUGGGAGGAUAUCAUUGCUAGCACAGAUCACGACGAUGUCAAGAAAUGA